GUUGUUAAUAAAUUAAAAUUAUCAAUGUCAUACAUAUUUUUUUUUGUGUAAUGUCUGAAACAAAACGAGCAUAAAUCCUCCGAACGUCCCCAACGAGUGUCUAGAACACUGUCAUUGCACCUGACAAACCUGUUUGUUUGUAUUCGCACAGCUGAUCAGCGAACAACAACAAACAAACAAGAAUUGAUUUAAUCGCCCCCGAUCCCACCAAACAUGUCGAACAGAAGAUCAGGACGAAAAGCUUGCUGCCUGUCUUUAAUCCAAGGCUGUGUAGAUGAAGUGGCCACCAACAUAGAAAAAUACCCCAAAGAGGACAUAAUAUGUAUGCCGCCCUCUUUGAAAGAUAAACUGUUGGUCAGAAUCACCCACUCACACACAUUGACUAAUACAUUGAAUCUGGAGUAUUGUUUGCCACUGCUUUUUCACAGCAGGACCAGAGUGAUAAGUUUAAGGAAUGUAAGGACGGCCAACAUACAGAAAGUGUCUGAAGAACUGGUAAAUGAAAUUGGAAAGUGCCAAGAGUUGAGGGUCUUGAUGUUUCCUGCACACGUCCGGUGUUCUCCUAAAGUUUUGAAGGCCUUGUUUAUAAAACUGCCCAAGUUGGAGCAACUAUUCAUGACAUAUUGUUCUACAAUAAAUGAUGAGGUGAUUCAAGUGUUGUCAUACAGUUGCCCCAAGUUGAGAUAUUGCAAUUUGACUGGCAGCAAGGUGGACAAUCCAGGAAUGAUGUCUCUGGGAAGACUGACUGAUUUAGUUUGCAUUGCUGUGUCAGAGACUCCGAUUGGGCAUGAAGGAAUAUCGGCCCUGGUUGAAGGACCAAGUGGCAAAAAUUUAAAGGAGUUAAAAAUUGAUAACUGCGUGAAUGUGACUGAAGCAACUUUAAGAAAAAUUGUUGAGUGUUGCCCAGAUAUGGAAAUACUGAUUUUCUAUAACUGCGACAGAUCAAUUAGUGAGAUGAUGUUCACACCACAGGAGAACCAGCUCAAAAAUCUCAAGCAGCUUUCAUGGACUAUAAAUUGGUAGCAUAAGGGAUUAAAACGUGACAGAAAAAUUAACGUGUGCAAUGAUAUUAAUUAUACCUUUCUCCUCGAGACGUUUGAUCUGUUCCUCGCGCCACUUUCUGAUCUUCUCAGGCUCUUCGCGGGGCUCCGACCUUGUCG